ACCUGCGCCCCUCUCCCUCCAUUCGCGAGCUCUCCUCCCCUCCCUCCCUCGUCCCGUGCUUCGGUCUCUAGUUCGCCGGUGAACUGAAGAGCUGUGUUGGCCAAGAAGGCGGCACAAGAGAGACCAGGGGGUUUGAGUGUAUGCAACAACAAAAAAUUCGACAACGGUAUAUACGCGACAAAUGAUGCUAUCCUCGUUUGCGGCAAUCUCCUCAUCCUCUGGAAAUGACUUAUCAGGGUUGGGUGCCCGACAGUCCCGACGAUGGCACCGGAGACGCGUCCGCAGCCGAGUUCGGUCCGCGCAGGAACCGGCGAAGUUGCAGUACAGGAAGCUGGGAGAUUCAGAUCUCCUUAUCAGCGAGAUAACUCUUGGAACAAUGACCUUUGGAGAACAAAGCACAGAGAAGGAAUCACAUGAUAUGCUAUCUUAUUCUUUUGAUCAGGGCAUCAACAUACUCGACACCGUAGAAAUUUACCCAAUUCAACCCAAGGAGGAGACUCAAGGGAGGACUGAUCUAUAUGUAGGCAGGUGGAUGAAAUCCAAGCCACGAGAUAAAGUAAUUUUGGCCACCAAAGUUUCUGGUUAUUCAGAUCGCACUUUUCUUCGGGACAAUGCAGAAAUGGUGCGUGUUGAUGCUCCAAAUAUAAAGGAAAGUGUCGAAAAGAGCCUUUCACGCUUAUCUACAGACUACAUUGAUUUGCUUCACAUACACUGGCCAGAUAGGUAUGUGGCACUAUAUGGCGAAUUCAGUUAUGAUUCAACUAAAUGGAGGCCAAGCGUCCCAUUUGAGGAUCAGUUGAAAGCUCUUCAGGAACUAAUUGAUGAAGGAAAGGUACGAUACAUCGGCGUUUCCAAUGAAACCUCGUACGGGGUAAUGCGGGUUGUACAGGCUGCAAAGCUUCAUGGACUUCCGAAGAUUGUGAGCAUCCAGAACGGUUACAGUCUACUUGUGAGAUGCAGCUUCGAAGUUGAUCUUGCUGAGGUUUGCCACCCAAACAACUGCAACAUUGGGCUGCUCGCCUACUCCCCGCUCGGCAGCGGUGUUCUGACCGGAAAGUAUCUGGAUGAUAGCUGUGGCAACAGCAAGAGUUUCAGGCUAAAUCUCUUCCCUGGAUACAUGCAGCGCUACAACGCCCCUCUGGCUAAGGAAGCAACGAAGGAAUACCUCAAGGUCGCGAAGAAGCAUCGGCUAACUCCGGUCCAGCUUGCCCUGGGCUUCGUCCGUGACCGCCCAUUCACAGCUAGCACCAUCAUCGGAGCGACCACCAUGGAUCAGCUGAAGGAGAACAUCGAAGCGUUCACCAGCGCUCCACGGCCUCUGCCGCCACAAGUUCUUGAUGACAUUGAGACUGUUUUCAAGAGAUACAGAGACCCAGCAGUCCUCUAGAUGGUUUUUCAGCUUUCUCUGAAGCAAAUAACAGCAACCCUCAGUGGAUACAGACCAAGGGAACAGUUUGCUAUCAUGCAAUUUCAUAUAGCAAUUAGCUGUUAGCGUAUAUUAUUGUUCUGGAUAAACAUUACUAGCUAAGAGUUAAUAAAGUGCAUCGGAUGUCCAGAUUC